AUGGGAUCCGUAUCAAGGUCGGAUAGCUCAGGCCACUCCAACACCAACUUCAAGUUUGAUUCCAGACCGAGUCACCGUCCGGCGCCCGGCUUGGAAAUGUCUCGCGACGGAAAGGACGGCGCCGCGGCGACGUGGGGGGCGCAGCAGUUCGAUGCGGCUCCGUCACCAGACCAGCUGAAGAAGAUCCAAGACGAGGAAGCCGCGCAGAAGGCCAAAUCGGCGGCACCACAGCAGCGGCUGUCUGUCGUCGACGCUGCCAAGACGAUCAAGCCGGACGACUUUCUGAAGAUACAUCAAUUGCCUUGCGCGAGGCAGGGUCUUCUGACCGGAAUCGGCGGCGGUGCGGCCCUGGGCGUGCUGCGAUAUAUCCUCGGGGCUCCGAUACCCAAAGCAACCAAUUGGGCCGCUGGUGCGUUUGCAAUUGGCAGCAUCAUAUCGUACGAAUUCUGUCAAAGCCAGAGGAGAGCAGAGGUGGAGAAGAUGAAGAGGGUAGUCGAGGUGUACGAUAAGAAGCAGGCAGAGUGGAAGGCCAAGGAGGAGGAAAAGAAGCGAAUGAAAAAACAACAAGAGCAAGAGGAGGAGGCUGCAAGGUUAGCGGCGCAGAAGAGGUGGUAUAAGUUCUGGUGA